UUUCUGAAAGUUUCACUGUCUCACUCUCACACCUGCUGUUAACAGCCGUCUGCUGAUCACAUGACUCUAAGUUUGUCAGUUCACACCUGGUGAUAGACGUCAUGUGAUCGGAUCCCAGAGACAGAUGUGAACAGCAGGUCUGGAUCAAAGAGCCUUCAAAGGACUAAUUAACAGAGUUAACUCACAGCUUCACUUUUUAUCGUCAUCUGUUCAUCAAGUGUUUAAUAACACAACGUGUUUUCACGAUCAUACGUUACAGUCACCUGUGUGUGUGUGUGUGUGUGUGUGUGUGUGUGUGUGUGUGUGCGCGCGCGCGCGUCCCUCCCUCAGAGUCAUGUCAUUUCCAGUACCUGUAGAGCGGGGGAGGAGCCUCCAGUGAAAGUGAAAUUGUUCAGACUCGUGGGGGGGGGCUGUCGAGCAGGCUGUACCGGAAAUGAUCCCUCUUUAGGUGGAACGGCGGAACCGUAAACAAAUCGUUCUUUCGCCGUAGCCAGUGGUCGCCCCCCGCGGCUCUGAAGCCCCUCUGCAGUGGUCCUGUACACAGGGGUCACUAACACAGGAACAGACGAACAAAGUGUGGGAGUGGGAUAUCAGAGGGGACAAAAUACAUAAAAAUGAACUGAAGAUGAGUGGUCAUGUGAAAGAGGAGAGAGCAGAGUCUCCAGGGUUCAGCUGUGUGUCUCUGAAGAGCGACUGGUCCAUAGGAAAUCCUCCAACCUUUAGUAAAGAACCUGGACCUUCACACACAAAAGGUCAGGACCACAGACUGAGAGCAGAGUCUCCAGGGUUCAGCUGUGUGUCUCUGAAGAGCGACUGGUCCAUAGGAAAUCCUCCAACCUUUCGUAAAGAACCUGGACCUUCACACACAAAAGGUCAGGACCACAGACUGAGAGCAGAGUCUCCAGGGUUCAGCUGUGUGUCUCUGAAGAGUGACUGGUCCAUGGGAAAUCCUCCAACCUUCAGUAAAGAACCUGGACCCUCACACACAGAAGGUCAGGACCACAGACUGAGAGCAGAGUCUCCAGGGUCCAGCUGUCUGUCUCUGAAGAGUGACUGGUCGAUGCAUCAUCCUCCAGUCUUCAGUAAUGAACCUGGACCCUCACCCACAGAGGAGAGGAAGAGGAGUCAUGUUUCUGAGGAGGAGCAGUCGUCCUGCUGUGCUUCGUGUCAGGACGUCCUGAAGGAUCCAGUCUCCACCAGCUGUGGACACUGGUUCUGCAGACAGUGCAUCAACUCAUACUGGGACCAGUCGGGUUCUUCAGGAGACUCCUCCUGUCCCCAGUGUGGAAAAAGAUCCAGAACAGGAGCUGGAGCAGAUCGUGGUCUGCAGGAGGUUUCAGAUGAACAUAAGCUCAGUGUGAGGAGGAGAUGUGAACAUGUGACUGAAGGAACUGAUGAAACAGGAAGUAGAACCCUCCUCAACAGGAUCUACACUGAGCUCCACAUCACAGAGGGACAGAGUGAAGAGGUUAAUACUCAACAUGAGGUGAGGCAGCUUGAGACGGCUUCCAAGAAGAAGAUCCUCCACGACACUCCCAUCAAGGUCCACGACAUCUUUAAAGCCUCCACUGACCAGCACAGCAGCAUCAGAGUCGUCCUGACCAACGGCGUCGCUGGCGUCGGAAAAACCUUCUCGGUGCAGAAGUUCACUCUGGACUGGGCAGAGGGUUUAGAGAACCAGGAUGUGGGUCUGCUGGCUGUGCUUUCGUUCAGGGAGCUGAACCUGGUGAAGGACCAGCAGCACAGUCUUCUCACGCUGCUCCAUGUUUUCCAUCCAGAGUUACAGAAGCUCACGGCAGAGACGCUCGCUGUCUGUAAACCUUUGUUCAUCUUUGACGGCCUGGAUGAAAGCAGACCUUCUCUGGACUUCAACCACAGGGAGCUUGUGUCUGAGGUCACACAGAGGUCAUCAGUCAACGUGCUGCUGACAAACCUCAUCCGGGGGAAUCUGCUUCCCUCGGCUCUCGUCUGGAUAACCUCCAGACCUGCGGCGGCCAAUCAGAUCCCUCCUGCAUGUGUUGACAGGGUCACAGAAGUACGAGGCUUCACUGAGGCCCAGAAGGACGAGUACUUCAGGAGGAGAUUCAGUGAUGAAGAGCUGUGCAGCAGAAUCAUCUCACACAUCAAGACGUCCAGGAGCCUCCACAUCAUGUGUCAAAUCCCAGUCUUCUGCUGGAUCAGUGCUACAGUUCUGGAGCACAUGUUGACCACAGACCAGAGAGGAGAGCUGCCCAAGACCCUGACUGACCUGUACUCACACUUCCUGCUGGUUCAGACAAAGAGGAAGAACAACAAGUACGGUGAGGGACAUGAGACGAGUCCACAGCAGCUGACGGAGACUGACAGGGACGUUCUCCUGAAGCUGGGGAGGCUGGCACUUAAACAUCUGAGGAAAGGAAACAUCAUGUUCUACCAAGAAGACCUGGAGCAGUGUGGUCUUAAUGUCACAGAGGCCUCGGUGUACUCAGGAGUUUGUACUGAGAUCUUCAGAAGAGAGUGUGUGAUCUUCCAGAAAUCAGUCUACUGCUUUGUUCAUCUGAGCGUUCAGGAGUUUCUGGCUGCAGUCUACAUGUUUCAUCGUUACACACUCCACAAAGAAGAACUCAACAACUGCUUGGGAACAUAUGGGGACACAGACAGUAACUUCACCCUGUAUGACCUCCUGAAGAAAACCAUGAAGAAAUCCCUCACCAGUACAAAUGGUCACCUGGACCUGUUUGUUCGCUUCCUUCACGGCCUCAGUCUGGAGUCCAACCAGAGAGUCUUAGGAGGCCUGCUGGGUCGGACAGAGAACAAUCCAGAGAUCAUCCAGAGAGUCAUCAACAACCUGAAGGAGAUGGAGAGUGAUAACAUCUCUCCUGACAGAAGCAUCAACAUCUUCCACUGUCUGAUUGAGAUGAACGACCACUCAGUUCAUCAGCAGAUGAAACAGUUCCUGACGUCAGAGAACAGAUCUAAGGAGAAACUCUCUGGGAUCCACUGCUCAGCUCUGGCCUACAUGCUGCAGAUGUCAGAGGAGGUUCUGGAUGAGUUGGACCUGACGAAGUUCAACGCAUCAAAACAGGGUCGACUGAGACUGAUCCCAGCUGUGAGGAACUGCAGGAAGGCUCUACUCAGUGGUUGUGGACUCUCAGAGACUCACUGUGAAGUCCUGGCCUCAGCUCUGAAGUCAGACCCCUCACAUCUGAGAGAACUGGAUCUGAGUGACAACUACCUGCAGGACUCAGAAGUGAAGCUGCUGUGUUCUGGACUGGAGAGUCCAAACUGUCGACUGGAGACUCUGAGGUUGAGGGACUGCAGUCUGGCAAAGAUCAGCUGUUCUUCUCUGGCUUCAGCUCUGAGGUCAAACCCCUCUCACCUGAGAAUACUGGAUCUGACCUACAACGUCCUGCAGGACUUAGCAGUGAAGAGGCUGUGUGGUUUUCUACAGAGUCCAACCUGUCGACUGGAGAAACUGUGGUUGAGGAGCUGCAGACUGACAGAGAUCAGCUGUUCUUCUCUGGCUUCAAUUGUGAGGUCAAACCCCUCUCAUCUGAGAGAACUGAAUCUGAGCCACAACAAGUUGAAGGACUCAGGAGUGAAGGAGCUGUGUGGUUUUCUACAGAGUCCAACCUGUCGACUGGAGACUCUGAGGUUGAAGAGAUGCAGUCUGUCAGAGAUCAGCUGUUCUUCUCUGGCUUCAGCUCUAAGGUCAAACCCCUCUCAUCUGAGAGAACUGGAUCUGAGAGACAACGAGCUGCAGGACUCAGGAGUGAAGGAGCUGUGUGGUUUUCUACAGAGUUCAACCUGUCGACUGGAGACUCUGUGGUUGGAGAGCUGCAGUCUGUCAGAGAUCAGCUGUUCUUCUCUGGCUUCAGCUCUGAGGUCAAACCCCUCUCAUCUGAGAGAACUGGAUCUGAACUUCAACAACCUGAAGGAUUCAGGAGUGAAGGAGCUGUGUGGUUUUCUACAGAGUCCAACCUGUCGACUGGAGACUCUGAGGUUGAAGAGCUGCAGUCUGUCAGAGAUCAGCUGUUCUUCUCUGGCUUCAGCUCUAAGGUCAAACCCCUCUCAUCUGAGAGAACUGGAUCUGAGAGACAACGAGCUGCAGGACUCAGGAGUGAAGGAGCUGUGUGGUUUUCUACAGAGUCCAACCUGUCGACUGGAGAAUCUGUGGUCAGUUCACUGACUGACUUUUGUAGAUCUCAUAUCUAUAAUACAUUAUUCAUACAAAAUGUAUCAUUUAAUUAUAAUUUAAAAUAAUUCCUCUUCAUACAUAACUUGAUCUACAGCAGAGUCCAACCUGUCGACUGGAGACUCUGAGGUCAGUAGAUGGUUGGAGUCAGUCCACGCUGCUUUCAUCAGUGUUUUACUAAACACAGUCAGUAUCACAGAUCCAGGGUCUGUGCUACCAAGCAGGAUUUGUGGUUAUCAGGUUAACUUCAGGUUUAGUUUUUUCAGUUCUAUGAAGCUCGUCCACUUCUUAACGAGGUCAAUCACCAUGCUAACUUCUGAUGAACGGCUAACCUGCUCCAGGUUAAGUUGGAGAUCAACCCGUAUAGAAGCUCCGCCCACUGACCACAGUGACUCUACACUGUUGUCGGGUGCACGGUCUCCUUAAAGGGACGGAUAAGGGAAGUUUAAAUCAACGUCUGGUUGGUUCAGUUGAUCUCUAACUCACCCAGAACAUCUCAAUGUCUCCAGACUCAUCCUGUCACCAAAACACCAGAUGACCUCAGUCACCUGUCUCGGCUUCCUGGAGACAGGUCCAUGUGUGUGUCCUCAGAGACAGUGAGACAGUGUGUGUCCUCAGAGUCAGUGAGACACUGUGUGUCAAACUAAAGCUCAUUAUCAAGGUCACAUCAUUGGAUUCAAACAUUUCUCAUCAAGAAGCUCAGUGAAGCUGUGAGAGGACAAUGAGGACAGACGUCAGGAUUGGACAGAGACACAGAAAGACAAUAGUCGGCCAAUCAGACGAGCCACAAGCUGCUUAGGAUCAUGUGAUUGAGUUGACGUGAAGACGACAGUUGUUGUUUUCAUGUGAACAGGAAAUGAAGCUGGACCACAGCUGACAGCCUCAUACGAGAGACAGAGACGAUGUCGUCUUCAUCUGAUCUGAGACAGUUUGUCCUCUCACUUCAUCAGUGAAGAACGGAUCAGGUGGAUCUUUGUCACAGCUCUGAGAUCAGUGGGACUGAAGCCUCUCCUCAUCACAUGGUAACCAGGAGCUCUUUAUACAGAGCAGAACCUCUGCUGAGGUCCAUCUGUCUCCUCUGGUCCCAGUUUGUCAGAAGCAGAUGUUCAUCAACACACAGUGAAACAUGGCUUCACCUGUAACAGCAGUAAAUCCACCUCUCAGGUGUCCACUCUGCACUUUGACAUGCAGAGGACACACACUGAGCUCUUAGCGUGUUCAUUCCAACACGUGAACAUGAAGCAGAGAGGAAGCUGCUCCACCUCUGAACAGGACUGAAGUCCCUGCUGCUCUUUCUACUGGAUGAGCUGCAUCACUGACUCACAGCUGAUGAAGUGAGUCUCUGUGACACUGAUGUCUUCUUCUCUCCACAG